GAACUAAAAGUGAAAAACAUCUUGAUAAUCUGAGAAGAGAACUUGGAGGUAACUCUGAGUGGAAUGCGCUUUCAUGGAGAAUAUUAUCAACAGGAGAAGAAAAGAGAGAAGAAUGGUGGAACAAAGUAAAUAUCAGGGAUACCCGUGUGAAGGAGGAAGUCCAGGGUCCCCCUGUAUAGAAGGGAGUCCAGGGUCCCCUUGCAGGAAUCCAGAUCGUUCUUGCGGUUGCUCCGACAACCUUGUGAACGGUAUGAUAGACUCUGUGCACAGGAGAAACGUGUCAACCAUGGCUUCACCCGUUAUCCUUCUCUUUGACGGGUUCCACAGUAUCCUAUAUCAGAUAUUCCUUGGCUCCAGGUACCUUCUAACCAUGGUGAUUCUCCUUGUUAGAAUUACACUCCACGAGAUACUGAAACCUAGAACGGAGGAGGAUAAAGUUGAAUCAGAUCUGACCUCAAUCACCCAUAUCACAGAGAAUAAACUAUGUGAGCUCGAGAUUUCAAAACCCCGGAGCCAGGCAGUGAAGACCGUAAUAUCCUAUAAAUCUGAAGCAGAGAACUAUGCUCUGCAACAUCAGGUUAACAAGUUAAAACAACAUCAUCGGAGAGCAUUUGACUUAAUUUCCCAGGCUCUCAGUGUGGAUGAGGAAUCAGGGUCCAAAGAUACAAGGACGGUGGAUAUGUACAAGAAAGGGAUCCUGGAGCUAGAGCAGGGAAUAUUGUUAAACUUUGAAUCGUCAGAUUCCAUCACAAAGGAAUCAAAAGAAUUCUCCCAGGCCAGGAAAUUACAACACAAGAUGAAAUUGAACCUGGACAUGGCUAAGAAGAGACUAGACUGGCAUGCUUUAAAUGCAACCAGAAAAUCUCAACCUGCUCUUAAACAUCUCUCAUUACCUCGCAACAGUAAACCCCCAACUCAACAAACAAUAAAUAGUUUGCAAAAAGUUAACAGAAGAGAAAAGGCAACCUACACACCUCCACCUACUAGACGGCACAGAGAAUGUUUAACCUCGGGAUCAGAAACUUUGCCGCGUAAUUAUAAAUUGCACCGGUCGUCUUCGCACUCUUCAUCUUCCUCAUCUAACCGACUGAGCAAGGACUCCUCCAAAUUUAUGCAAAUAAUUAUGGAUGAGAUUAUAGAGGACAGUCCUAAUUGCAGCUUUAGUAUGGUGGCCGGUCAGCUUGCAGCAAAACAGGCACUACAGGAGACUGUAAUUCUUCCAGCUCUGAGACCUGAACUGUUUACAGGACUCAGAACACCUACCAGAGGAUUAUUACUGUUUGGUCCUCCUGGAAAUGGGAAAACUAUGUUGGCGCGAGCAGUAGCGAGUGAAUCUGACUCUUCCUUCUUCAAUAUCAGUGCAUCUACCCUUACCUCUAAAUAUGUUGGAGAAGGAGAAAAGUUGGUGAGAGCUUUGUUUUCAGCUGGCAGGCAGAUGCAACCUUCAAUCAUAUUUAUAGAUGAGAUAGACAGCCUCCUUUGUGAGAGGACGGAGGGAGAACAUGAGGCUAGUCGGAGGCUGAAAACUGAAUUCCUCCUGGAGUUUGAUGGGAUUAGAGGACAAGCUGAUGAUAGGGUUCUUAUCAUGGGAGCAACCAAUAGACCUCAGGACCUAGAUGAAGCUGUAUUGAGAAGGUUUUCUAAACGUAUCUAUGUCCGGUUACCAAGUAGAGAGGACCGGAUAUCCUUGGUUCAGAAACUCCUUACCCAGCAGAACAAUGAGAUUACGGAGCAUGAAACUCAUCAGAUAGCUCAGCUGACCGGAGGAUACUCAGGAUCUGACAUCUCUAACCUUGCUAGAGAUGCAGCCUAUGGUCCUAUCAGAGAGCUGGGGAUAGACGAGGUAAAAUCCCUCGACCCCGUCAAGGUCAGGAAGGUCAACAUGAGCGAUUUCUUGGAGAGUAUGAAAAGAAUUAAAAAAUCCGUGUCAGGAGAUAAUCUUCUGGGUUACGAGGCAUGGAAUCAGAAGUUUGGAGAGGGAGCUGUUUAGUUUGGAGAAGAAGCUGUUUAGUUCGGAAAAGGAAGGUGUUUAGUUUGGAGAAGAAGCUGUUUAGUUCGGAGAGGGAGCUGUUUAGUUUGGAGAAGAAGCUGUUUAGUUCUGAGAGAGAGCUGUUUAGUUUGGAGAAGAAGCUGUUUAGUUCGGAGAGGGAGCUGUUUAGUUCGGAGAGGGAGCUGUUUAGUUUGGAGAGGGAGCUGUUUAGUUCGGAGAGAGAGCUGUUAGUUCGGAGAAGAAGCUGUUUAGUUUGGAGAAGGAGCUGUUUAGUUCGGAGAGGAAGCAGUUUAGUUCGGAAAAGGAAGCUGUUUAGUUCUGAGAGAGAGCUGUCUAGUACGGAGAGGGAGCUGUCUAGUUCGUAGAGGGAGCUGUUCAGCUCGGAGAGGGAGCUGUUCAGUUCGGAGAGGGAGCUGUUCAGUUCGGAGAGGGAGCUGUUCAGUUCGGAGAGGGAGCUGUUCAGUUCGGAGAGGGGGCUGUUUAGUUCAGAGAGAGAGAGCUGUUUAGUUCGGAGUGGGAGCUGUCUAGUUCGGAGAAGGAGCUGUAUAUGAAUGGUGUAUCUUGAGUGGACCUUGAAGAAAACACUUCUAAAAUUAAACUUGAGGGGCAUAACUUGAAUACUAAACUUUGCGGAGAAAAUCUUUUAAGUAAUGUUUUAUAGGUAAAUCUAAAAGAGAUACUCUUGAGAAAGCUUUUCAGAGUAAGAUUUAAAGAAUAAUUGUUGUAGGGUAAACCUUGCAGAGAAAUCUUUACAGACUAAACCAUACAGAGUAAAACUUUGUUAAUCUUUGAAAAGUAAAAGUUAAAUUUACAGUGUAAACCUGUCAGAUCGAGUAUCCUUGAACUUAAAUUGUAAAACUGACUUUAAAGUGAAUGAAAUGGAAUAAAAGUAAAUAUAUUUUGUAAUUCUAAGUUCUAGACUUUAUUUCACAAAAUGUAGGGCGGAGGAACCAAAUAAACAUGAGUUUGGUUUCUGUUCUAUUAAAGGGAUUGUAAGCGUAAUUUCAAUUGACCAUGCUUUACAACGGUACUCUAAUUAGCUUUGUCUUAUCAAG